UACGAAUCUUGAUUAGCAUAAAUCAAACAAAGCCAUUGGAGAUACGCAGACGAAUCAAACGGACAGAUAAAGGCAGAUAUUCUCUGUUUAUACCGAAAAAUUCCACUUCGGAUCAGCAGUCGACACGCGAAUAUCCUCACUUCAGCGGCGACUAUCAGAACGUGACGCUGCCGGUGGCCUCUGCAUCCACGUCCGCCUCCGCUUCUGCAACACACGCCGCCGCCGUCAAGAUGUACCACAGCAGCGCCGUUGCGGCAUACACGGAUCUGGCUGCCGCCGGGAGUGCGGCUAGCGCCGGAGUCGGAGUCGGGGUGUCCGGCUAUCACCAGCAGGCGGUAAACGCUCCGGUUUACGUGCCAUCCAACCGACAGUACAACCACGUGGCCGCGCAUUUCGGAAGCGCUGCGGCGCAGAAUGCCUGGACCACGGAAGGAUUUGGAUCGGCCCAUGCACAGUUCUACCCUCCGAACGCCGCCGUGAUGAUGGGCUCGUGGCGCAGUGCCUACGAUCCGUCGGGCUUCCAGCGAUCCUCGCCCUACGAGAGCGCCAUGGACUUCCAGUUUGGCGAGGGACGCGAGUGCGUCAAUUGCGGCGCCAUUUCCACUCCUUUGUGGCGGCGGGAUGGAACCGGCCACUACCUGUGCAACGCCUGCGGACUGUACCACAAGAUGAACGGAAUGAACCGGCCGCUGAUCAAGCCUAGCAAGCGCCUGGUGAGUGCAACUGCCACCAGGAGGAUGGGCCUGUGCUGCACCAACUGCGGCACCCGAACCACCACACUUUGGAGGCGCAACAACGACGGCGAGCCCGUGUGCAAUGCCUGCGGACUGUACUACAAAUUGCACGGUGUGAACAGACCGCUGGCCAUGAGGAAGGAUGGCAUCCAGACCAGGAAGCGAAAGCCCAAGAAAACAGGCAGUGGUUCUGCGGGCGGAGCGGGCACUGGAUCCGGAACGAGCUCCACUUUGGAGGCCAUCAAGGAGUGCAAGGAGGAGCAUGAUCUCAAACCCUCGCUCAGCUUGGAGCGCCACAGCCUCGGCAAGCUGCACACGGAUAUGAAGAGCAGCACCAGCAGCAGUAGCACCUUGAUGGGACAUCACAACGCGCAGCAGCAGCAGCAGCAACAGCAGCAACAACAGCAACAGCAGCAGCAGCAAUCGGCGCACCAGCAAUGCUUUCCCCUCUACGGACAGGCGACGACGCAGCAGCAGCACCAGCAGCAUGGCCACAGCAUGACUCCAUCCUCUGGACAGGCACAGUUGAGUGCCCGGCAGCUUCACGGAGCGGCAGGAACGCAGCUCUACACGCCCGGCAGCAGUUCCGGCGGAGGCAGUGCGUCUGCCUACACAUCGCACAGUGCGGAGACGCCGGCCCUGAGCAACGGAACUCCCUCGCCCCAUUACCAGCACCACCACCACCUCGGCGGAUCCCAUGGACACCAUGUGACGGCAGCGGCGGCACAUCACCAUUUCCAUGCCGCCGCCGCUGUCGCCGCUUACGGGGUGAAGACGGAGGCGAGUGCCACCAACUACGAUUAUGUGAACAACUGCUACUUCGGUGGCACCUUUGGGGCGCUCGGAGGAGCUGCAUCCACAACGGCCAUGGCAGGCGGAGCGGCCAGUGAACUGGCAGGCUACCAUCACCAGCACAACGUCAUCCAGGCAGCCAAGCUGAUGGCCACCUCGUAAGGCUAGAACUUUGGGCUCCGGACACUGGCUCUGUGAUGUGAUCUCCUUCCUCCUCCAAAACUGCACCCACACUUACAGCCUUCCUUGGAAUAAUGGCAUUGAAAAGACUUUAGACAUUAGUACUACUCGGUCUCGUUUGCAAUUUUGUUUAAUUAAGUUUAGCUAAUUAUUUGCCUUUCUAAAGCGUAUUUGGGAAUAAGAUUGAUUCAAGUACCAAGAAUUAGCUAAAUUUAAUUGAAUUUCAAGUCGCAAGUGGGGCAUUUCUUAGUUAAGAGCUGCCGGAAUGGCACUUAGUUUGUAUUUUUUGUAAAUAACUAAUAGCAAUUCUUGUUGUACAAAAAUCUACGUCUAAAUGUAUGUGCUUAUCCAUCAAGUUAUAUGUGUGUACAGAUAUUGAUUAUCGCUUCGCUUGUAAUGUAUAAUGUAGUUCCAUUUAGGUCCUUAUCAUAAUCUCUCGUUCAAGUAGCUUAAAUAUUUUAUGUGUUUUCCGCACUUCCCCACCAAACCCACUUGAUAGAACAUUUAG